GUCCUUGUCGAAUUGUCCUCGGUCCACGUCUCCUGAGCACACCCUAAUCCUAAUCACAGCAACUCACAGUUGAGUCACAGACCCACAAAUCCCAAAUCACAUUUUGACGAAAAAAAUAAAAAAAUAAAAAAAUAAAAAACUUAAAAUGACGCAAAGGCCUCGUCGAGCCCAUCGCCUCGUCAGCUUCCUCAGUUUUGUCGAAGAGAAGAAGAAGAAGAAGUUGUUUAUUGUAUUGUUGUUGAAGUAGUUGUUGUUCUAUUGUAUUGUGUUAUUGCUGCUGCUCAUAGUCUUUUUCUCACCAUGCACCGCUCGCAAUACUUCAAAGUCCUCCUUCCCUGCCUCGCCCUCCUCCAUGCAGUCCUCCUCUCCAUGCUCGCCCUGCCGACCCACGGCGUAGUCGUCUCGACCGCAGACGUCUUCACCGCCAUCGGCCUCGGACUCGCCGGAUUCGCGUCUCUGCUCUGUCUGCGCUUCAUUCUCUCGCUCUUCCCGCUCGCGUCCGUAUACACCACCUCCCUCCUCCUCUUCGUCGUCGGCCUCGUCGAGGAGAUCGUCCACUUCCUUCUUCUCCAGCCCCUCAACAAAGCCACCUGGCAUCCCGCCUACAUCCUCGGCUUCUCCUGGUCUCUCGCAGAGUGCAUCGUCUCUCUCAACCAGCUCAUUCCCCCGAGGCAGUACCGCUACUCGCGCGUCGCCGACUUUGACGACGACGAGUUCGACAACGACAACGACGCCUUGGUGCCCUCCGCGCUCUCGCAUUUUGUCGACGAGACCCCGGCUGAUUCCACUCAAGAGUUUGAUCUCUCUCUCUCAGAGGCUGCUGAAGAUCACUCGUUGCUUGAUCCCGAAGCACAGGAUCAGUCUCCCGCGCAGGCCGACUCUGAUGCUCCUGCCCAUGCUCAUCACCACCACCAUCACCACCAUCACCAUCACCGCCACGACGGCCGGCCUGAUCCCGCAUCUACAUUCGCUGCCGCCGCCCAGAUCGGCAAGCAGCAGCGCGAGGACCCCAUCGCCCCUCUGAUCGGCACCUCUCUGCUCGAUCUGCCGACCUACUUCCCCUUCCUCUGGCGCACCUCCGCCCUGCUCCACCACCUCGGCUUCUCGCUCCUGCUCAGUCUCCAGGACGUCACCUCCAACGGCGUCCUCGCCGCCGUCAUCGUCGUCUGUCUCUACCGCGGCGUCCUGCGCUCGAUUUGGGGUAUCGGAAUCAUGAGGUAUGUCGCGCUCUCUACCCCGUCUUGCGUCAUCACCUACGCCCUUGCGUCAUCUGAUCUCUUGUGUUCUGACUGUCUUUCAUAUAGAUUCGGUGUCGUCACCGUCACCUUCCUUACCCUCGUCGGCGGCCUGCUUAGUUAUGUCGUCGGUCUUGCUAUCUGGCAGGCCAUCUAAGUCUCCUCGCUCCAUCUCAUUUGUUUCAUAGUGGUUAUAUGACCAUGAUGAGGCACAAAAAGUUCUUUGUCUUUCUAUUUUCCUAUUUUCUUUUCUUUUUCUUUUUCUAUUUGGACGGGGUCGGGUACAAAAAUCAAUUAUGCAAUGGGUUUAAGGAAUCUAAAAGUUUUGCUCUGAUUUAUUCUAUUUUAUAUCUUCUCUAUUUCUCUAUGUGAGGCAACCACUCUGGCGUCUUGUUAAUAAUAUCGUUGAUGU